AUGCAAGAAAAACUUCAUAAUAAUAUUUAUUUUUUGUAGAAAGUUGUCGACACUGGGACUUCCCAAGCGGUCCCCCACCUUAGUACUAACCCAGCCUUAAGGCGCUUAACUUCGGAGUUCGAAUGGGAUCCGGUGUUUUCACCUUAGUAUGGCCGACAACAAAAUUCAUUAAAUUGUUGUCGACACUGGGACUUCCCAAGCGGUCCCCCACCUUAGUACUAACCCAGCCUUAAGGCGCUUAACUUCGGAGUUCGAAUGGGAUCCGGUGUUUUCACCUUAGUAUGGCCGACAACAAAAUAGAUAAUACUAUUUUGUUGUCGACACUGGGACUUCCCAAGCGGUCCCCCACCUUAGUACUAACCCAGCCUUAAGGCGCUUAACUUCGGAGUUCGAAUGGGAUCCGGUGUUUUCACCUUAGUAUGGCCGACAACAAAAUUGAUGAUAUUAUUUAGUUGUCGACACUGGGACUUCCCAAGCGGUCCCCCACCUUAGUACUAACCCAGCCUUAAGGCGCUUAACUUCGGAGUUCGAAUGGGAUCCGGUGUUUUCACCUUAGUAUGGCCGACAACAAAAUUGAUAAUAUUAUUUUGUUGUCGACACUGGGACUUCCCAAGCGGUCCCCCACCUUAGUACUAACCCAGCCUUAAGGCGCUUAACUUCGGAGUUCGAAUGGGAUCCGGUGUUUUCACCUUAGUAUGGCCGACAACAAAAUUGAUGAUAUUAUUUAGUUGUCGACACUGGGACUUCCCAAGCGGUCCCCCACCUUAGUACUAACCCAGCCUUAAGGCGCUUAACUUCGGAGUUCGAAUGGGAUCCGGUGUUUUCACCUUAGUAUGGCCGACAACAAAACUUAAUGAAUUAAUCUAUAAUAUAUAGAAAACAAACAACUAACUAUAACCAAAUCAAAUCAUCACGAAGUUUAUUAAAAUGUUUAAUUUAAAUAAUAUUUUUUAUAAAAAAUGUAAGAAUAAUUUAUGA